AUGAAUGAUUUGUUGGUUCAAUUAGAUGAUUUACCUGAUGAAAUUCUUAUGUAUAUAUUUAAAAAAUUCUACAAUGAUGAAUUGCUUUAUUCUUUAAUGGAUGUUAACCAACGACUCAAUAGAAUUCUACAUGAUAGAAUCUUUACUCGUCAUUUAUGUUUACUAAAAUAUUGUCGAAUCGACAAUUCUACCAUUCCAUUACAAGAUUCAAUACUUGAUCGAUUUUGUUUAAAGAUUUUACCUAAAAUUGGACAUCAAAUUGAAACUCUUUCUCUUGAACGAACAUCGAUAGAACGUGUUCUUCGUGCUACAAAUUAUCCGAAUUUGAAUAACCUUGUUUUAUGUGAUAUCGACUUCAAACUAGCUGAGUCUCUGUUUGCGGAGAAGAAUCCUUUAACGCAUACAUUCAAAAAUCAAAUUACAUCACUCUUAACCAAUUUUAAUAAAGGAAACGUACUGUCUCCAUUGGGAGGUGUCUCUCCAAUUAUAUUUAGAAACAUUUUGACAAUAUUUACUAAUUUACAAUGCUUAAAAUUCAAUCUAUCGGCAUCUUUUCUUGACGCUUCAGCUUUACAUAUGGCGGGUGAAACUGCCAUCUGUUCAACUUUAUUAGAAUUACAUGUCACUGUGGCAAAUAUCGAAGACUGUCUUUAUAUACUGGAUGGACGUUUUGAUCAACUUCGUAUACUUUAUGUUACUUUUUAUGGUAUCUUUCCUGACUUUGGCAGCAUUGAACAUAAGAAAAAAAUGUUACCAAACUUACGGAUUUUUUCUUUGUACUGCAAGCGCCAGAUAGAUGAUUUUGAUGAAUCAAUUGUACCACUUCUACGUCGAAUGUUAAAUUUAGAAGAACUUGAUUUAAAUAUUGUAGUUCAAUGUUAUGAAAAAUUUAUUUCAGGUGAUACGUUGAUGAAAGAUAUUAUGAUUUAUAUGCCACAAUUAUAUAAAUUGACAUUUAAUAUUUGCUCAAUAAUUAAUCAUGGCGAUCAAGCUAUUUUUCCAUUAAAUGAAGAUAUUGAAAAAACUUUUAAAAGUUUUUCUAAUAAUCAAAUAAUAACUUGUAUUGAUCAUUUCCAAGAAGAAGGAUUUAGUCAAUGUCAUAUCUAUUCAUAUCCAUACAAAUUGAAAGUUUAUAAUAAUAUAACAAAUAAUUUUCUAGGUGGAUUAUUUACUAGUGUUACUCAAGUAUCGUUAUAUGAUGAACGUCCAUUUGAACAUGAAUUUUUUCGUCGAAUUCAAAAAUCAUUUCCAUUUAUGAAAGAAUUGACAAUAAAUAAUCGAAAAGCACAAAAUAACAAACAAUUAAUGAAACUAAACAACGAUAAUCAAAUAAUGUCAAUUAUUGAAUAUCGAUAUCUAACUCGACUUAAUAUUAUUAACACUCAUGAUGAUUAUGUUGAAUUAUUUUUAUUUGAUACGAAAAUCUCUUUGCCAAAUAAUCUUCAUCUAUGUGCCGAUUAUCAAUCAUUGAAAAGAGUGACAUACGAUUUUACAAGAGAUAUAACACGAAAUCAUUCUUCAAAAUUUGCUGCUCUUUAUUUUUCUACAUCGCAUAAAAUCGAUGAACAUAUUAAAAACUGUUUUCCUCAUACAUUUAUUCGUUGUUUUUCUGAUUUUGUAUUAUCUAAAUAA